AGCUCUUGUUCCAGGAGAGAAGGCUCCCUGUGAGGACUCCUGGGGCCGGGCUUGCUCCUGCUUUCUUAUCCAGACUUUGCUUCUGCCAAGGAUGUUCUUCCUGCUGCUUGUCCUGGGAGUGCUGGCAGGUGCCAUGGAGAUCCAGGUCCCGGAUGAGCCCGUGGUGGCUCUUUUUGGCCAGGACGCCACCCUGCGCUGCUCCUUCUCCCCCGAGGCCAACUUCAGCCUGGACGACCUGAGCCUCAUCUGGCAGCUGACGGACACCAAGCGCUUGGUCCACAGGUUCUCCGGUGGCCGGGACCAGCUGGAAGACCAGGGCAGGGUCUACACCAACCGUACGUCCCUCUUCUAUGACCAGCUGCCCCAGGGCAACGUGUCCCUGCUGCUGCGGCGCGUGGAGAUCGCGGACGAGGGCAGCUUCACCUGCUUCGUGCGCGUCCGCGACUACAACAGCGCCGCGGUGACGCUGCAGGUGGCAGCUCCCUACUCCAAGCCCAGUGUGCACCUGGAGCCCAGCAAGGACUUGAAGCCAGGUGACCUGGCCGUCGUGACGUGCCACGCUUCCCGCGGCUACCCCGAGGCCAGCGUGCUCUGGCAGGACAGCCGGGGCAGCAACAUCACGGAGAACAUCACCACGUCCCAGGUGGCCAACGAGGAAGGUCUCUUUGAUGUGCACAGCGUCCUCCAGGUGCUGGUGGAGCCCAGCAUCACCUACUCCUGCCUGGUGCAGAACCUGGUGCUGCAGCAGCAUGGCCACGCGUCCGUCACCAUCACGGGCCAGCACCUCGCCUUCCCCGCCGCCGCGCUCUGGGUCACGGUGGGACUCGCCAUCUGUGUCCUGGGGCUGCUCGUCGUCCUGGCCUACGUGUGCCACAAGAAAAUCCGGGAGAGCUGCGAGGAAGAGGAGGAAAACGCAGGGACGGAGGAGCAGGAUGAGGAGGGGGAAGAACCCAAGACAGCUCUGCAGCUACUGAAAAGCGCGGAGAGCAAAGAGGAUAACGAGCAAGAAAUUGAUUGACAGGGCAGUGCCCUGUGCCCUAGACCAGCUGAGAUGUCCCCAGUGGGGACGAGGUCCGGGUCCCCUGGGAGGACACGGAUCUGCUGCCACCCCUCAUCCCGGGUCCCCUCACCUUCCUCCCUCCCUGGCCAUGUCUUUGGGGUGCCCUGGGGCUGCAAAGAGGCUGCAUCUCCUCAUCCCUGGCAAGCUCUGAAGGCUGGUGUGUCCCUCCCAGGGAUGGUGUGUGUGGGAUGGAGGAUCUUCCCUGUCCAUCCCCACGUGGGGCUGAGAACAACCGGCGUCACCCCUUCCCCCAGGCACCCCCUGAGCCUUCUCCAUCGGGGCCACAGCUGAGCCAGCCACCUUCCAGGUGCCUUCCAGGGCACAUUUAACUGCCCUUCCCAAGCCCAGAGGCCUUGAGAGCGGUGAUGGGCUCAGCAAGGUCCCUGGGAAUGACUGCUGGAGCCCUGGAGGCUCCGGGAAGAUGGGUGGGACCCAGGGGUCCCCAGGCACGGUGCUCUUGGCCCCCCUGGAGCCACCACUCCAGGGGUGUGUGUGGAUAAUUAUUUUUUCACUUUGCAACACUGUGGUUCCCACUGGACUUAUAUUUUUGCCUUAAAUGCAAAAUCCCAUUGGGGUGGUUAUCUCCUGCCUAGGACUUGGGUUUUUUGGGGAAGGGCAGGCCUUGGGGGGCACCUGCUGGCCAGGUGAGGCCCUGCUGUCCUCCCUGUGGUGACAGAGCUGAUGCUUUGGGGGCUGAAGCACUGGUUGGGCCAAACCUGGCCAGUGUGUGGGGUUGAGCACCCGUUUUUCCCAUGAGAUCAUGGGGUUUUGCCCUCGUGCAUGUCCUGGGGGUCCUCCUGUUGCUGCUGGGGGCGUGGGGGCACCCAAACUGCCGGGGUGAACGAGGUGGCGCGUCCCUGGUCCUGCUCCAGGGGUGGAGAAGUCCCCGAUGGCUCUUCUGCUGGUUUUAGUCAUUAUUUAAAGUCCAGAAUCUGAAGGGAUUAUUGUGCCUUGACAAAUAAAUUUGGGGUUGUUUUGGCCAAUGCUUUCCGGGCUCACUGUGGUCUCUGGGAUGCAGCUUUGGACAUAAAUAGUCUGAAGAUUGGAAUUCCCAGAGCAAAACCUUCAUGUUCCCCUUUUAACCCCACCUGAGCUGCCCUCAUCCAUCCCCCAGCACGGGGAGCAAACGGCCAAUGCCUGCCCUCAUCCCUCUGCUUUAUUCUCAUCCCUCAAG